UCACGCUGCUGACAACUGCCACUGCUGUAACGUUGUUUAGCAGUUUUAGAUUUCGAAGAAUGUCGCCGUCACUCCUACGGUUCUCGUGGGUAUUUUAUAUUGCUUUGAAUACCUGUUUUGGAGAAAGACGCCUAAAAUACGUCACACUACUGUACCGGCAUGGUGACCGUUCCCCUGUCAAAGCCUACCCAACAGACCCACAUAAUGAGAGUGCUUGGCCUCAGGGUUUUGGCCAGCUGACUCAGGAAGGAAUGAAGCAGCACUUUGAACUGGGACAGAUGCUGCGCAGACGUUACCAUGGAUUCCUUAGUGAACAAUACAACCGCCAUGAGAUAUUUGUACGGAGUACUGACUAUGAUCGAACCCUGAUGAGUGCAGAGUCCAACUUAGCUGGGCUCUACCCCCCCAAUGGUUCACAGAUAUUUGAACCAACUGUACAGUGGCAGCCUAUACCUGUUCACACAGUUCCCCAGAGUCAGGAGAAGUUGCUUUCAUUUCCCAUUGACAACUGCCCUCGCUACAAGGUUCUUAUGAAUGAAACUGAGCACUCUGACUUCUUCCGCAAUAUGACAGAAACGUACAAAGAUUUCCUGGCAAUGGUGAGGAAUGAAACAGGCUUGACCACAGCCACAGUAGAGAGUGUUUGGAGUGUCCAUGACACCCUGUACUGUGAGUUCAAGCAUAACAUGACUGUCCCAUCAUGGGUGACUCCUGAGGUAAUGGAGACACUGAGGAGACUAAAAAACUUCGGCUUUGAGAUGAUGUUUGGAGUCUAUAAGCAGCAAGACAAGUGUCGGCUCCAAGGAGGCCUCCUCCUAAACCAGAUCAUUAUUAACAUGUCUGCACAUGCUGUUCAAGAUUCUAAAGAUCCUCUGAAGAUGACUGUAUACUCAGCGCAUGACACCACUAUAGUGGCUCUGCAGGCUGCUUUGGAUGUAUUCAAUGGGCAGCAGCCCCCCUACGCCUCGUGCCACAUAUUUGAAUUGUACCAGGAGGAUAAUGGGUCCUUCACUGUGGCCAUGUUCUACCGCAAUGACAGCAGUAAAUUACCCUAUCCACUGGCCUUGCCCAGCUGUGAACAGUAUUGUCCUUUGCAAGACUUCAUUCGUCUCACUAAGGGUGUCAUAACAACUGACUGGGAGAAGGAAUGUCAGGUGGUAACUACAGUAAAAGACACAGAAGUUGUGAUUGGGUUGGCAGUGUGUGCAUGCCUCCUCUUUUUCCUCAUCCUGCUCCUCUUCGUUGUGCUCUGCCGGCAAAAGGAGACAUCAACUGGCUACAGUCAUGUCAUCAAUGAUGGGGAUGAGAACUCCUGACGGUCAUACCAUCUUUUAAGGAAAGAAGACACAUGGGAUGGCGAGGAUGAUCUGUGAACACAGUUUGGAUGAAACAGGGAUGAAAAAACUAAAUGAUUGUUUUUUUUCCCCGCUUGUCUUUUGGGGGGAAAAAAAGAAAACUUGACAGGGCUGUAAAAGCCUUGCAUACCUAACUAGUUGGUUUUGUUAUGUUUGACACAUCGUCCAAAAUUAUCGAGAAAAUCGCUGAAAUCUACUGAAGGAAUCUAGAGAACCAUUAGAUGCUAUGGCAUCUGUGUUUGUGUGUGUGUGUGUGUGUGUGUGUGUGUGUGUGUGUGUGUUUAACUGUGUUUAACUGUUGGGAUAAGAAGUGUUUCUGUUGCCUUUUUCACAGUGCAGUGACCACAGUGGAUGUCCACUGAUUUUUGUUGUUGUUUGGAGAAAAAUCAUGACCAUCCCUUCUACAAAGGGUAAACCAUCAUUGUUAUGUUUGUCUGUUAUUUUGUGAAUUCUGUUUACAUUCAAUCAUUGUGACACUUUUAAAAGUGGCUAUGUAGGGAGCUCACUAAAAGGGAACAGCUUAUAGCGCUUCAUGAAUCCUACCUUUUUGUUUUGCAUCCUAAUAUGCAUUGUCAAAUGCGUUGCUACCUUCUAUUCAGUUGAUCAAUGACUAAGUUCAUAAUAUUCUCUAUACUUAACAGACUUUCAGUCCUUGUUACUGCAUAGCAGUUGACCAACUCUCUGUUUUCACAGAUUGUUAGGUAUUGGAUAGGCAGUUUGUCUUCCCUUAUCCAGUGAUUUGCCAUUAAAUGAGAAAGUCAGGCCAAAAAAGUUGUCAUGUCAGCACGCACAAUGUGAAAUUAGUGUUUCCAUAAUAUAUAUUUUGAAUUUUCAUCUUUGACAUCUUCAUGGGGAUCUACUGUAGUUAAGUAAAGUUAUUUCUCUCUCUGCACUUGAACGAGGAUCUAAGUCUUUGUAAAAUUUUAUGAACUUUGUUCAUUUUUCUAUGUAUUGUUUACAGUGUGUUCAUUUUUCUCCCAGAUUGUAUAUAUUGAAUGCUUUAAAAUUACAAGGGAAAGGGAAUGUAAAAAUGAAAUAUGCAAAUAAAUACUAUGAUUUUACUAA